UUUUAUACCACUCCUCAUCUCUUAUUCGGAUCUAACCUCUAUCAAUAACAAAAAAUGAUCACAAUGUUGUUGCAUGUUACUAUACCUACGUAAAUACAUUAUUGUAUAUUUAUAUAUAUUUUUUUUUCUUCCGUUACAAUGUAAUUUUUAUAAACACAUUUUCCAAAAUAGUUUUAGACUUUCUAUGAAUGUAUUUUAUAUUCACACAUAUUUAGUUAUUUAAUGAAAAAACCCAUCAAUUUUGAAGUAAAACAUGUGAUUGUGAUACGCAAAAAUGGAUAAAGAAAAUAAUAUAAUUGGAUAUUGGAUAUCAGAAAAAAAACAACAGAAAUUAAAUUGGAAGGAAUUUAACAAUAUCUGUGAACAGAAAAGUUUUAUAUUGAAACAAAUCAAUCUUGAUAAUAAUCUUGAGUCUCAAGGACCAUUCCAUGUCUUCCUUCAUAAAUUAACUGAUACUUUAGCAUUAGCGGAGUGUGGUGAUCAAAAUGCCAAGAAAAUUGUAACUAAAGUUCAAGAAUAUUUAAAUAAACAUCCAGAAAUGAUAUUAAUAGAUCCUUUUGAAAACGUUAAAAAUUUAAAUAAUCGUCAGAAAUCUUAUGAAAUGUUACAUGAAGAAAUUAUAUCCAAUGAUAUAUUUGUUCCAAAUUCAAUUGAAUUAAAAUCUGAGAUUGCUGAUGAAAAUUUAAAGCACUUAAGAUUAUCCUGUAUUAAAUUUCCGUUUAUUUGUAAACCAUUAUUUGCUCAUGGUUCUAGUGAUGCUCAUAAGAUGAUGGUAAUAUUCAACGAAAAAGGUCUAAAAAACUGCCAAUUACCAUGUGUGGCCCAAAAUUUUAUCAAUCAUAAUGCUAUUUUACACAAAGUUUUUAUUGUUGGAAAAUAUUUUCAUGUUGUUGAAAGGCCAAGUCUAAAAAAUUUUUAUCCGAGUGAUUGUGAAUCAUUGAACACAUUAUUUUUCAGUUCACACGAUAUUUCAAAGAGUGGUUCUAAUUCACAAUGGUCAGUGAUAUCAAAAGAAGAUAGAGCAUUAAGAAUUAAGCCUAAUCAUGAAACAGUUCAAGACAUUGUUACAAAGAUAACAAAAAUCUUUGGACUUACUCUUUUAGGCGUUGAUGUUGUAAUUGAAAAUCAUACUGGAAAAUAUGCAAUUAUUGAUGUCAAUGUUUUUCCAGGAUAUGAUGGUUAUCCGCAUUUUUUUAACCAUUUAAUUGAUACAAUUAAAGUUUUUAUUGAUGAACAACGUUUAAAUCAUAAUAUGCACUGCUUGAUAUUGAAAAAAUGUAUGAAUGAUGAACUAGAUUCUGGAUUUGAAAGUGAUGAUAAAAAAAAACAAUCAAUAAAAUAAAAAUGUUAAUAAUAAAUUAAGCUUUUUAAGUACAAUAAGAUUAAUUUAACGUACAAUGGUUACUAUUUUUUUAUAUUUAUUAAUAACUAGUCAGAAAAAAAAAUUAAAUAAUAAAAAUUCGU